CCGGUUGUCUGGUCCUCCACUUUUUAGCUAUUUUUCUUAUCAUAGGGGUCCCUGAUUUUCAACAACGCAGAUAUAUCCCGGGUUCUACGUAUAGAGGGGAGGAGGCAUAUCAGCUCUUCCGCUCUUACAUGGAGAACGAUACCGAUGUUACGAGCCUGAGCUCUCCUUGGUGGUUGCAUCCGAAAAAAGGUAAGGAGCUCAAGCCUUGCUUGGAUAUGCCGCCGUGGCAUGAGCCACCUUCAGCGGCUAGCAACAACGGGUACAUCUACAUUGUUGUGAAUGGUGGUCUAAACCAGCAGCGUGCCUCAAUCUGUAACGCAGUGACUGUCGCCCGGUUCUUGAAUGCGACCCUUGUGAUUCCGUAUUUCCAUUACAAUGCCAUCUGGAAAGAUAGCAGCACGUUUGAAGAACUGUUCGACAUGGAACACUUCAUCAACUCGCUAAAGAAUGACGUCAACGUGGUCACCUCCCCGCCUGAGCAACUUGUGAAAGCGCUUCCUGAGGCAGUUCAGGGAUCGGAGGGGCCGGAGACACUCGGGUACAAGGUGAAGAUCCUCGGGAGGUCACCGAUAUCGGCAUACCUGGAUGAGGCUCUCCCAGCCCUGAAGCAGUACAAGGUGAUCAGGUUUUCACCGUACGCGAAGAGGCUAAAUAAUGAUGGAAUUCCUCUGGAACUCCAGCGGCUGCGAUGCAAAGCAAACUUUGAGGCGAUCCGUUUUGCGAAGCCUAUUCGUGACAUGGCGGACAUCCUCAUGGAGCGCCUUUUGUCCGGGGAGUACUCGCCUGAGGGCAUGCGGCAUCCGGUUCAGAAGUACGUUUCUGUGCAUUUGAGGUUCGAAAAGGACAUGGUUGCAUUCUCAAACUGUCUCUAUACGGGCAAGCGAAAAGAGAAACAGGACUUGGCUGCGUAUCGCGAAUACGGGUGGAGAGGGAAAUUCACACGCAAAGGAAGGGUUCCCCUUGAUCCUGGCAAAGUAAGGCGCGAGGGAAGGUGUCCUUUGACACCCCUAGAAGUCGGUCUUGUCUUGAGGGGCAUGGGUUUUCCAAAAUCCACGAGAAUCUACAUUGCAUCGGGAAAGAUCUACGGUGGGGAGAAGACGAUGCAGCCAUUGCGAGAGAUGUUUCCAGACAUUUUGACAAAGGAAAUGUUAUUGGCAUCAGAAGAGCUUGCACCCUUCCGGAGCUUCUCUUCAAGGCUAGCUGCUCUGGAUUACACUGUGUGUUUGCACAGUGAGGCAUUUUUUGUCACCCAGGGAGGAAACUUCGGCGAGGUUCUGAUGGGUCACCGACGGUUCCUCAACCAGGGCCAUGCGAAGACAAUCAAGCCAGACAAGAAGGUUCUGUCGGCACUCCUGGAUUGCCCCGACAUCACGUGGGACAAGUUCCGUCAAGCGAUGCGGAUCAUGCGUAAAGAUAAUGACGCAAAAGGCGCCGCAAGUCGACGGAUCAAGGACUCCAUAUUCGCGUUCCCCUCUCCAGAGUGCAUGUGCCCAGCUACGUACGAUGCAGCCGCUGCUGCAGCCGCCGGCUUGUACAAGACCGCAGAAUCGCUUCAGCCUGGCAGUGGUGGAGGUGAGGUGUCUAUCGAUGUGGGAGCGAUCUUUCCGCUGUGGUGGUACAUCAGCCUGUCUGUUGGCAGAAAUAGACACGGAUCGGGUGGUCAGACUGCGAAGAUGAGUGCAAGCGGCGGAUCUGUUCGGUCGGGGGUCGACCAAGGAGCCCAGCGCUUCCAUCCGUCAGCUUCUGUGAGCGGUGCAGAUAACUUGGGGGUCAAUGCUGUGGUCAUGGGACUGUUUGUCGUCGUGGUGGCGGUGUUGGCCGUGUAUAACUUCGGGGGGUUACAUGAGGUACCCGAGGGCCAUGUGGGGGUCUACAGGAGAGGUGGUGCAGUUCUGAGAACCAUAAGCGAACCGGGUUUUCAUUUGAUGAUGCCUGGACUAACGACUUUUGAGAGGGUGCAAGUGACGCUUCAGACGGACGAGGUAACCAACAUCCCGUGUGGAACGAAGGGAGGCGUGAUGAUCGUGUUUGAGAAAAUAGAAGUCGUGAAUCGACUACGGAAAGAGCACGUACUGGACACGAUCAUGCAGUACGGAGCGAAGUACGACAAGAUUUGGAUUUACGACAAGAUUCAUCACGAAAUCAACCAGUUCUGCAGCAUGCACACGCUGCAGGAGGUGUACAUCGACAAGUUCGAUCAGGUCGACGAGCGGAUGAGGGAGGCCAUCCAGAGGGACUGCACGAAGUAUGCUCCAGGAAUUGAGAUCAUCAACGUGCGAGUGACGAAGCCGAAGAUUCCUUUGAGCAUUGCGCGCAAUUACGAGCAGAUGGAAGAGGAGCGGACAAAGGCGCUGAUCGCCGCGGAGAGGCAGCGGGUGGUGGAGAAAGAAACCGAGACGGAGAGGAAAAAGGCGGUGAUGGAAGCCGAGAAGGUGGCCCAGACGAGCAGGAUUCGGAUGGAGCAAAUGCUCGCCGAGAAAGAGUCGCAGAAACGCCAGCAAGAGAUCGAGAACGAGAUCUACCUCUCUCGUCAGAAGAGUCUCACCGAUGCAGAGUAUUACAGAGUCAUGAAGGAAGCUGAAGCCAAUAAACUGAAGCUAACCCCCCAGUUCCUGGAAUGGGAGUUCAUCUUGGCCAUUGCCAACAACUCCAAAAUCUUCUUUGGCGAAAAGGUCCCCCACAUGGUUAUGGAUCAACGCCUCCUCGGAAACUUUCUCCAGGGUAGGGGGGCCCAACAGUAGGCAAGAGUGAUGGAGGACUUGCAAUUCUGGCAGAAAAGCGUGCUUCGUUUUACUUAUGGGUCUUUGCGGUUCUGGGCAUGUCGCCCUUUGCUCCGUUUCUGAGGUAGUGCGGGUAGGCAAGAGUGAUGGAGGACUUGCAAUUCUGGCAGAAAAGCGUGCUUCAUUUUACUUACGGGUCUUUGCGGUUCUGGGCGUGUCGCCCUUUGCUACGUUUCUGAGGUAGCGCGGGUGAGUGGGUGGGGGGAUACGUUUUCUGCACAAUGGUAUCAGAGGAUGAGGGCAUACAUAGGCAAGCUGGCACAAGCGUGUAGUGACGAUGGCGUCGGUCUUGUGGGCCUUAAAAGAAGGGAAGGAAAGAAAAACGACACCAAGGUAGUGUGGGGUUCGGUUGGGGGGGGGGGAAAUAACACUUGGCAGACUGAUCGGAACGUGCAAGUAGGGGAGGAAGUUUUAUGCACUUCGUACCAGGUCCAGUUAUGCUCGCUCUCGAAAAGGCUAUUUUUAGCGCACUCUCUAACAUACUAUCUUUAGCGCACUCUCUAACAGACUAUUUUAGUAUCUUUAUUAAACAUGCAUGCACUGAUAAGCACCAGCCAGUUGUGCUCACUAACAGGCUAUUUUUGUUACAGUCUCUAACAGGCUAUUUUUGUUACAGUCUCUAACAGGCUAUUUUCCACAAGGCUAUUUUUAGCGCACUCUCUAACAUACUAUUUUUAGGGCACUCUCUAAGAUACUAUUUUUAUUAAACAUGCAUGCACUGAUAAGCACCAGAUGUGCUCACUAAGAGGCUAUUUUUAGUACACUCUCUAACACGCUAUUUUUAGUACACUCUCUAGCGAGCUUUUUUUUUUCUGACAGACACCGAUAUACACACCACUUGUGCUCUCUCACAGAGGCUAUUUUUAGUACAGAUUCAUACACUGUGUCGGAUAUCCCUGAGUCGAAGUUGAGGAUAGCUCUGGCAGGUACAGUACAAGUUAGUACAGAUUCAUACACUUUGUGUGCGAAAUUCCUGGCCUGGCGUUGGCAUAUACAGCGGCAACCCUCUGCGCUUUGUGUGCGCUUUGUGCUCCAGAAUCCUAUAGCUUCAGUAUGGAUAGACUGGCGCACAAACCGA